GUAGAAUACUUAAUACUCAAUAGUGUCUCAUCCAACGACCUAUGAGUCUUCUGAAUCAAUCAAAGAUUCAAGUUGUUGCUUGAUAAUGUAGCUCUUCAUAAACUCCAGAGGCGCUAGUAAUACAGAGUUCGGCUGAAAGAUAAGUAAAGUCUGGAUAAAAAUUGUUCAACCAGAAAUCGAAUUUAGGUGUCUAAAAUAAAUAUUUAAAAAAUAGAAAAUUUGACAGCUUUUUGCGUAUGCAAAUUGAAGUGGAAUGAAAUUCUCUAACUGUAUAAAUGCUUCCUUGUAUUAGCAUUUAUACAAGAACAAGAUUGAUGAUAAUGUUACCCCAUUUUCUUUCUGUACUAUCUUCAGUCCUUACUAUUUUGGUUUUGAUACAAGCUCAGGAUCAAUCAGGAUUCAUUAGCUUAGAUUGUGGGCGACCUGAAGAUGCGAACUAUUCUUCGUUGGAGACAGGCAUAAAUUACAUUUCAGAUGCCAAAUUCAUCCUCGAUAAAGGUGUAAGUAAGAGCAUACAACCUACGAAAGAGUUUUCUCGACAGGAACUAGAGAAAGUGAGGAGCUUUCCAAGUGGAGUGAGAAACUGUUACAAAAUAAAUGUAACAAGUGGUACUAAAUAUUUAAUAAGAGCUUCUUUCUAUUAUGGAAACUAUGAUAAUCUAAAUGAACCACCACAAUUUGAUCUUCAUUUUGGAGCUAAUGUGUGGGAUACAGUGAAGUUGUUCUCCAAUGCAUCACACAUCACUAUCAAGGAGAUUAUUUACACUCCAUCAGUAGAUUACAUAAAACCAUGUCUUGUUAACACAGGCAAAGGGACUCCAUUCAUUUCAGCCAUAGAAUUGAGGGCUAUGAACAAUACGUAUACGGCUUAUGGCACAUACGAACCUAAAUCAGUAUUAUCACUCAUCAAGCGAUGCAAUUUAGGUUCCACGACAGACAUAAAAUACAGGUACAGAAAGGAUGUUUAUGACCGCAACUGGAUGCCGUGUAAAUUACCAAGUGUUUGCAGACGAUUAAAUACCUCCGUUAAGAAUGUAAAUCUACCAAUUCCGAAUAUUUAUGAACUACCAGCAAUUGUGAUGAGCACUGCUGUUACACCAGUAAAUGCCAGUGCUCCAUUACAAUUUCAUUGGGAUGCAGAUAAUGUAAAUGACCAAUUCCACUUCUAUUUGUACUUUAAUGAGGUUGAGAAACUGGCUGGAAAUGAAACUAGAGAACCAAAUAUCACUAUCAAUGACAAUGUUUUGAAAGGAGACUUCAACAAGUUCUUGAAAGUAAGAACCGUUGCGGGUGCAACACCUUUGACUGGAGCCACAAGGUAUCAAAUUUCUCUUUCUAGGACACAGAAUUCAACCCUUCCACCCAUCCUAAAUGCAUUUGAGAUUUAUAUGGGAAAAGUCUUCUCACAAUCAGAAACUCAACAGGAUGAUGUUGAUGCUAUCACAAACGUCAAGGAUGCUUAUAAGGUGGCUAGAAAUUGGCAAGGAGAUCCAUGUGGUCCUGGGAAUUAUAUGUGGGAAGGCCUAAAUUGUAGCAUUGAUGGAUAUAGCAUCCCAAGAAUCACAUCUUUGAAUUUGUCUUCAAGUGGACUGAGAGGGAAUAUAUCAUCUUACAUCUCAAAGCUCACAAUGUUACAAAACUUAGAUUUAUCAAACAAUAGUUUGAACGGUCCCUUACCUGAUUUUCUGGUGCAACUGCAAUCACUGCAAGUCUUAAAUGUGAGGAAGAACAAACUUAGAGGGUUUGUUCCAAGUGAACUCCUUGAGAGACAUAAAACAGGUUCACUGUCAUUGAGUGUAGAUGAUAAUCCUGAUCUUUGUAUGACGAAAUCAUGUGGAAAGAACGAUUUUUUAGUACCACUUAUUGCAUUAGUUGUAAUGGUUUCGAUUUUUCUUGUAUGUUGGAUAUUCAGAACACUAAAAGUAGCUACGUGCUCAAAUUCUAAGAAAAGGCGUUGGAUGAAAUCAAAGCAUCAAACAUUCAGUUACACUGAAAUUCUCAAUAUUACUGAUAACUUCAAAACAGUUAUUGGAGAAGGAGGAUUUGGAAAAGUUUACAUUGGCAUUUUACAUGAUCGCACUCAAGUAGCGGUAAAAAUGCUUUCAAAAUCAUCAAAGCAAGGUUAUAAGGAAUUUCAAUCUGAGGCGCAACUUCUAAUGAUUGUUCAUCAUAGAAAUUUGGUCUCUCUCAUUGGGUAUUGUGAUGAAGGUGAAAAAAAGGCAUUGAUUUAUGAAUACAUGGGCAACGGAAAUGUUCAACAACACUUGUUAGAAGAUUAUGCAAAUGUCUUAAAAUGGAAUGAGAGACUCAAAAUCGCAGUUGAUGCAGCAUAUGGAUUGGAAUAUCUGCAUAAUGGAUGUAAACCAGCAAUUAUGCAUAGAGAUUUGAAGCUUACCAACAUAUUACUAGAUGAGAAUAUGCAAGCCAAGAUAGCUGAUUUUGGCCUAAGUAGAGCUUUCGGUAACGAUAUUGAUUCUCAUAUAUCGACUCAACCUGCUGGUACACUAGGUUAUGUUGAUCCUGCAUAUCAGAGAACAGGAAACACAAAUAAAAAAAAUGAUAUCUACAGCUUUGGAAUAAUUCUAUUUGUGUUGAUCACUGGUCAUGAAGCAAUAAUAAGAGCAGCUGGAGAAAACAUUCACAUACUUGAAUGGGUUAUUCCUGUAAUUGAAGAAGGAGAUAUUGAGAAACUUUUUGAUCCAAAGUUGGAGGGUGAGUUUAGCAUAAAUUCAGCACAAAAAGUUGUAGAGAUUGCCAUGUCAUGCAUUUCACCAAAUGCAACAGAAAGGCCAGACAUUAGCCAAAUAUUGGCAGAAUUGAGGGAGUGUCUAUCUUUUGAAAUGGAUCACCAUUUAUAAUCAUAUUCAUCAUCACUCCAAAUGUCCUAGUACAUUACUUGUUGUGUUUUAUACAAUAAUUUAUAUCUUGGAAGUUUUGUAGGAAUAAAAAAAGGACAAAUAAUCAUUUAUAUACACAAUGAGAUCUUAUGAUUUCAUA